UUGAUUUGAAAAUCCCAACGGAUGAACACACGGGAUGGACAAAAUAUCAACUGAAAAAUAACCUUAUAUCUGUGUUAAUCAUCGUGUUAAUUAACUGGUUUACCCUGACUUCAAAACAUGGAUCUUGGAGGUCUAAAAGUUGGUGUUAAUGUGGAUAUUCAGCGCACUGACGGGCGUAUUCACUCUGCAGUGAUAAGCGGUGUGAAUCUCGAGUCCCGCAGUGUGACUGUUGAAUGGUUUGAGAAAGGGGAAACAAAAGGGAAAGAGAUCGAAGUGGAAGCAAUCUUUGCCUUAAAUCCGCAUGUUAUUACAAGUGCACAAAAGCCGAGGGAAUCUCAGUCAGUCAAAGAAGAGCCUGAAGAAGAACCUGACUUGGAUCCUGAUGAUGAGGACGAGGAUGAAGAUGAACCUAGUACUAGUGAUAACAAUCCUGCCGAGCAGGACCCCCAGGCCCAGCAGGGUUUGCCCCCCUCUGCUAGCUCCCGCCUAGCCCAGCCCAGUAAGAUCUCGCGCCUCGGAGCCAAGAGUAACAAAUCCUUGGGUGGAACUGGCGACCGUGACAAUGCCAGAUCAUCUAAUAAAGUGUCCUCUGCCAGGUCUCGGCCCAGCUAUGCAGCACGUCCUGCAGCUGCCCAGAAUGGGAAGGUGGAUCAGUCCAUACCAGUGCCAGAUGGCAAGGAUGAUGGAAAGAAACUUGGGGGACGGCGGAAGUCAAAUUGUGUGAAGGAGGUGGAAAUGAUUCAGAAGCGCCGAGAAGACAGACGAGCAGCACAGCAGGCAAUCAAGGAGGUGAACGAGAAGAACUACGACACUUCUGACCCCAACUGGGCGUUUAACGCAAUGAUCAAUAACUAUCGAGGUAACCUUGAGUAUCGACCAAUCACAUCAUCUGACCCGAUAGAGAACCAUCAGAUCAGUGUAUGUGUCAGGAAGCGACCGCUGACGAAGAAAGAGACCGGGAGGAAGGAGGUGGACGUCGUCACCAUUCCAAACAAGGAAAACACUAUCGUCCAUGAACCCAAGCUCAAGGUUGACCUCACCAAGUACCUGGAAAACCAGUCAUUCCGAUUUGACUACGCCUUCGACGAUUCAGUCACCAACGAAAUGGUCUACAGGUACACGGCCAAGCCCUUGGUGGAAUGUAUAUUUGAAGGAGGGAUGGCUACUUGUUUUGCUUAUGGGCAGACGGGCAGUGGAAAAACACAUACGAUGGGAGGAGAUUUUUCUGCAAAAGGACAGCAGGACUGCUCAAAAGGAAUAUAUCUCCUAGCAGCCAAAGACGUUUUCAAACUUAUUCACUCCAAAUUCAAGAAACUUGAUCUGACUGUGGGGGCCAGCUUCUUUGAAAUAUACAGUGGGAAGGUGUUUGACCUUCUAAACAAGAAGUUAAAAUUGCGAGUUCUCGAGGACCACAAACAGCAGGUGCAGGUCGUGGGCUUGAAGGAGGAGGUGGUGCAGAGUACAGAGGAGGUGCUACAGCUCAUCCAGCAUGGGAACAAUGUCAGAACAUCGGGUACGACUUCUGCAAACCAGCAUUCUUCUCGAUCACAUGCGGUUUUUCAGAUUAUUCUCAGGAAAAGGAAUAACAACAAGCUAUUUGGAAAGUUCUCAUUGAUAGAUCUGGCGGGAAAUGAACGAGGUGCUGACACGUCGAGUUCUGACAGACAGACAAGAAUGGAAGGAGCUGAGAUUAACAAGAGCUUACUGGCACUCAAGGAAUGUAUCCGAGCCUUGGGGAAGAAGGGGACUCACUUACCCUUCCGUGCCAGCAAGCUGACUCAAGUACUGCGAGAUUCUUUUAUAGGGGAGAAGUCAAGGACAUGCAUGAUUGCGAUGAUCUCUCCCGGAAUGUCAUGUUGUGAACACACCCUUAACACACUUCGAUAUGCAGACAGGGUGAAGGAACUGGGCCCAGGGGGUCCCGUGGAGGGGAAGCCGGCCGAGGUGGCACAGUCUGACAACAUGGCCAUCGGCUCCAUGUCUCCACAGAACAGCGACCUGGCCCUACUCAAGACCUCCAAUCAAGAGGAGGUGUCGGAGGAGCUGCUCAACUUCCACCAGGUCGUCAACAAGAUGCAGGAACAAGAAGAAGAGGUCCUGGAUGAACAUCGCAAUGUUGUUGAGAUGUCCAUGAAGUGGCUGACUGAAGACAAGAAACUGGUGAAGCUGACUGACGAAGUAGACUAUGAUGUGGAAGCCUAUGCCAAACAACUUGACAUGCUCUUGGCAAAGAAGAUUCAAGCUCUCACCGAUCUUCGAGAAAAAGUGUCGACUUUCCGCCGAGAGAUGCAAGAAGAAGAGAGUCUCAGUAAAAACAUCAAGAGCAAGAACAAGCGCAAGUAACAACCCAUCUUGCUCCUCCCCACGACUUCUUAUGCAUAUGUUGGGGUCAGCGGACCAUGACAGUGAUGUGUCUAUGUGUUGAAACCUAUUUGGUGCAGACUGGAAGUACUCCCUCUCAGAGGCUGUCCAACCACAGGCGGCCUUUCUAAUGUGAGACACUCACUGUGAUACAGGAGAAGCAACUAACGAUGUUUAUCUUGAUGCAAGUGUAUAUUGAGCCUGCUGAAGAAGAUAUGAUCAACUUAUUGUAUGCUGUGAUAAUUUAUUAUUAUUUCGUCCGUGUUUCUGCUGCUGGAUGUUUGAUGGCACAGCAUUAGUUCGCAGUCUUGUAAUAUAUAUGUCGACACAGUGUUGCAUCUGGUGUGUGUGACCUUGUGUACGUUUCACCUAGCUUGUGUAUGUUUCACAUGUCGUGUACAUUUCUUAUAGUCACAUGUCGUGUACGUUUCACAUAAGCUUGUGUAUGGUUCACAUGUCAUCUGCACAUUUCACUUAGGUUGUGUAUGCUUCAUGUGACUUGUGUAGAUUUCACAUAGCUUGUGUAUGAUUCACAUGUUAUCUGUACAUUUCACAUAGCUUGUGCAUGAUUCACAUGUCAUGUGUACAAUUCACAUGUCAUGUACAUUUCACAUGUCAUGUGUACAUUUCACAUAGCUUGUGUAUGAUUCACAUGUCAUGUGUACAUUUCACAUCUAACAUGAGUUGUGUACAUUUAAUGAAUUGUGCACAUCACACCUCCAUUAUGUGGAUGAAGCAGAUGGUGAAGCAGUGUUUGGUGUUCCUAGUCAGUCUGUUCUGGGUGUACAAAUAAUGGGCGGCAGAAUAAACAGUUGGAUCUUAAGAGGAUGGAGAAUAAAACAGCAGUGUAGAUAAAAGAAGCUGGAAAACACCUGAAAUUGCUCCAUUUCUUUUUAAAGUAAUCCUUGCACCAAGCAUAAUUCCAGUAAUCAUUUAUGUAAUUUGGGAUUUGUUUCAAUAAUAUAAUAGUUGAAACAUUCUAAUUAUUAUCUACAAAACUGCAAAAGAGAUUUCGAAUCUAACCCUAUAGAAGUGGAGAUCUGCAUUCCCACAUGACAAACUAGUUGAAGUGUCUUCUUUUGAAGAAUGUAAAGCAAACAUGCAUGAAAUGUAGGAACUCUCCUAGAUAUGUAUAAACAUGGAACAAAACAUCAUUGUGUCAUGUUAAUAAAUGUUGAAUGUUAAAGAGGAGGGGCCCACAUUCAGCGCUGUCCUCGUCCAGAUGCAACACUGUGAGCAGUCUUUAUUCUGUUUAGCAGCAGUUACUGCCUCACGGUGCCACGCCCUGCUGUAUGAAAACAUUGCCAUUUGCCUUACUGCUUUAAGCCACUCGUUUAGAUGUGAGCCACAGAGUCCAUAGUGUCACUCUCAUACCAAACAGGUAGUGCUCCUGUACAUCGGCAUAGCUAUUUUAUUCAUUGACAUGAGAAUCAUACAGUUUAGUUUCUCUGGUGAAGAAUGAUUACGAUCGUCUGAAAAUUAUUUUAAGUUCAGUGUGGUCUGAAGUUUUAUUCAGAUAUGUUUCUGCCUGUUUUAAUAUACAAAGAAUUUGUGAUGGACAUCUUUAGGCAGUCUAACCUGAGGAUUGCUGUUUGAAAUAGAUGUGCUUUGUAGAAGUCUGUACAGAACAAAGUGUAUUUAUUGAAUCUCCUAUAAAGCUAUGAUAAUCUCUUUUCUAUCUGUGACUGUCAGUACAUGGCUACUGUUGUCCCAUCAGUCACAAAGCUUCACUAUAACAUACAAGCCAAGACUCAGCUUUCAUGGCCAUAUUCAUUUGCUCAUUAUAUGGGAUGAAUUUUGUUAUCCUUUGAUUGCAAGAGCUAGACCUUGUCAUACCCUGAUUGCAAGAGCUAGGCCUUGUCAUACCCUGAUUGCAAGAGCUAGGCCAUGUCAUACCCUGAUUGCAAGAGCUAGACCUUGUCAUACCCUGACUACAAGAGCUAGACCUUGUCAUACCCUGAUUGCAAGAGCUUGGCCUUGUCAUACCCUGAUUGCAAGAGCUAGAUCUUGUCAUACCCUGAUUGCAAGAGCUCGACCUUGUCAUACCCUGAUUGCAAGAGCUCGGCCUUGUCAUACCCUCAUUGCAUGAGCUAGACUUUGUCAUACCCUGAUUGCAAGAGCUCGGCCUUGUCAUACCCUGAUUGCAUGAGCUCGACCUUGUCAUACCCUGAUUGCAAGAGCUAGACCUUGUCAUACCCUGAUUGCAUGAGCUAGACCUUGUCAUACCCUGAUUGCACGAGCUAGACUUUGUCAUACCCUGAUUGCAAGAGCUCCGCCUUGUCAUCCUUUGAUUGCAAGAGUUUGGCCUCGUCAUACAUUGUCAUAUGAGCAUACUUGUCAUACUAUCAUUGGACCUUGUCAUACCCUUGAUAUCAUUGGGUAGACCCUGUCAUGCUUUGCAUUGGAUAGACCUUGUUGUACAACAUUAUACCUUUACUGCAUUAGAUUGACAGUGAUGUCUGCACUUGAGCUAAUCAUUGAGUAUUAUGUAUAUUGCAGGGGAGCCUUGAUUAUAUAGCACAACUCUCUUUAUGCAGUGAUAGAGAAGAUCAUUUCUGGGACCCCCUUUUCAGGAAAAAACACCUGUUUUUACCAAUUCGUGGAAAAGAUGUGUUCAUCCUCCAGCUGUCUACUUUUGUUGACAAUGUUCUAAAGCUCUAUCUAUGAAUAAUAUGUAUUAAAAAUAAUUCUUGUUUCCAUAUGAUUUUGAUACUGGUUCGUAACCUGUGUUCAAUGUAAUAUUUAAAGAAUAUUUUGUUUACAAGGAAAAGGUAUGUAACGGCUAUAUAUUUAAGUUGUAACUUCUAGUUUUGAGGGGCAGUCGGGUAGCCUAGUAGUUAAAGUGUUCCCUCGUCUGGCUGAAGACCCGGGUUCGAUUCCCGACACGGGUACAAUGUGUGAAGCCCAUUUCUGGUGUCUCCUGCCGUGAUAUUGAUGGAAUAUUGCUAAAAGCGGCGUAAAACCAUACUCACUCUAGUUUUGAAGUGUGUGGAGUUAAUCAGUGUGUAUUAUAUGUAUGUUCCUCAACAUGUAUCCACUUAGGUUUCACACAGUCAUGGAUGUUUCAGUUUGUUGUGCAGAUGAUCGAAGUUUGAAUCCCAUUAUGGGAAGAGUGUUGAAAGAUCAUUUUUGUAUCUAUUUGUCUAUUUAGUUUCAUGAUUAUGUAUGACAUACUAACAAAGACAGACCUAUUUAAUUUCGUUUUUUACAGUUUCUUUUGGUCAGUUUUCAUCUAGUAAAAGUAAAAUGUUUAUAUAUAUAUACAAACCUUGAAAGUUCUGACAUGCAUCCUUAACUGAAAGAUGUGUGAAAAAUUAUUACUUGUAUUUAAAGUAGUGACUUCUGUUUUUCUUUUGCCAAAUUUAGGAGAAAAAACUUGAAAUUAAAUUGGUCUGGCACAACAAAUGCAUGAACUGAUAUCUAGUUUCCCUGUUAACUUUCCUGAUUGUCUGAACCUGUCUGAACCUGUCAUCACAUGUUUCAAACCCUGCUCUGUCAAUACUUACUUUCCUCUCUCUGAAAAUACUGUUUAGUCGAAUUCGACACCUGUAAAAUUGUACAUACGGUAAUACCAUGAAGAAGUAACUGCUCAUAAUUUGUGAUGAUCAUUAUGACUGACGUGUAGGUCAGCAGAUAGCAUGGCUUGCUUCAGUGUAUAUGCACAGUGUACAUGUGUAAUUAUGUAUGAAUGUAAGAUAUAUAUACAUCCCUCCUGAAAUAGACGACUACUUAACAUGCCAUCAGAUGUGACAUUAUCCAUGUCGAUGGUUUGUAGCCACCUGUCUAGCAUCACUCUGUGAAUAAGGAUUUCCCCAUUGAUUUUGUGUUAUGUUACAUUUAUGUUUUGGCAUUUUGUAAUGUUAAACUUAUUGAAAGCUUAUGUCUGUGAUGCCUUCUCUAGCAUUAAGGCUUCUGGUCAUAUACCACGAUGACGACAGCUUGAUUUGUGUAUUAGCAGAGAUAUAUAUUGACUUUUGAACUGAUAGAAAUCAACGCUAAUGAAAUCAUUGAGCUUUUCGUCCCAGCAUGCCUUAGUAUUUCAUUAACCAUGACGACAAGAACAUCCCCUUGUCAAUUACUCUAAUCAACAUGGCUCGUCUUGUCAGAUUAAAAAACAUUAAUUAUUCUUUUGACAGUUAAAGUCCCAGACCUUUGAAUAAAUCUCAUAAAUAUUGAUAAUCUUUUAUGGCUUAAGAUGAAUAUAUUACUUCUUACAUGGCAUCUUCCCGUGGCAAGAGCGGCCACUAGCCUAUUUAUCAAAGUCUAGGUUUGAAGAAACUAGGCUUUGAUAGAGGCAAGUGGACACGCUUAUCUCUGAAAGGUGUUUACCCGUAGUUUUGUUUGUCAUCAACAGUUGCUAGAUAAUGCUAAAUGCCUGUACAAUAUUUUUCAAUUUGCUCAACACUAACAAAUUCUAGAUGUAUCUUACUCAGCAUGGUGAUAGUUAGCAUGCUGUAAAAGUAUUUAUCUGAAAUCACCAGUGUGCAAGCGUGAGUUUUUAGUAUAUGUGUGUUUGUCGUAACUUACCGAUCUUAUUUUAAUCCCAGGUUAGCAUUGUAGUCUUGGUGUUGGUACUUACCUCAUGGCUUCCUGGGCAGGAAGCGAAAUAGUUGUUGCACCACUUGUAAAGAAGACUCGUUUCCAGGCACUUGCCUUGUCAGCUGGUAAAACAGACAUUUUUUGGAGGGGCACUUAAGUCAGUAAGCACUGUAAAAUAAUUAAAGUAAGAAGAAACAGGUACAGCAAAUCAUAUGCUUGUCCUGCACCAUGACUUAAGUAUUGUGUAAUAAAAUAAUCAUAGACAAUAUGUUACUCUAAUCCUUUACCGGAAAAGUUUUUUUUGGGAAAACCGUGCAAGGAAUGACUGUUUGACGCCAGCAUUAAUCCUUUAGACCCCUCUAUUUUGAUGAAUAUUGAUCCCCUUGACUUUAAUACCUGUCCAUUCGUUGUCACAGAUAUUUGGUCGCUUGACCCAACAGGUUCCCACCAACUUGUAUGAGUAGUUGUAGCCUGUCUCAGGACAGUUCACAGUUACCUCCCUUUGUCCACACCCAGGUGCCAUUCUUGAGUUCGUCCACUUUAUACCAAAUCUUUACUGUGUCAAAGCCUCUUUUUUUUUUGAGUGAAGAGGAUAUCUUUUUCCUCCUAGUCCCUUAAAAGCAUUCUAUGUAUAUACACACACAGAUAUAUAUGUUCUGAAAGUGUAUGCUACUGAAUUGAAUGGCAGAUGUUGAGGUGUGGCUACUGAUAAGCACAUCUGUUCACAUGAGAUUUGUAAAAUGACAUUCAUUUCAGUUAUGGGGUGAGAUUGUUUUAAUUGUACUUUAAUUUCAUUAACAUUUUGUUCAUCAUGAUGUUCUGUACUCACAUACUUGCCUACUUGUGUAUUCUGAUUUUGUGAAGGUGAACUGUUGUUAGUUAGUCAUCACUUUGAUGAUCAACAAACAUUAGAAAUAAGAAUAUGGUUGUAAAUCUCAGUUUACAUACACUGUCUUAGCGCUCACAGGUGUUACGUGACAAGCAACCUUUUUUUUUAUUUGGAAUUUAUUUCGUGUUUGUACAGUUUGUCACUGAAAAGCAUGAAUUUGGCCAUUUGUUAUCUUGAAUUAACAACCUCUGGACAAUUAACCCAGUUUGGUGCUAGAUUAUGCCUUUAUGUCAAUUUUAUGUUUAUUCUCAUGUAUCAUUUCAUGUUCAACAUACAUCAUUGCUUCUUUGAAGAUACAGCCUUGUAUUGGUAUCUCUUAGGAAAAUAUCUGUGGCUAAUUUACAGGAAAUGGUUGUUCUAGGGUGAGAUGGGUGGAGAUGUGUGAAUACCCGACUCCUGUUUUCAAGAUGUCACCUUUGUGAUAUAUUGCACUCAGAAUUAACUGCAUUCUUGCUUAGUUUUAGAAAGGCUAACAUUGGGCCAUGAAAAUAAAUGUUCCUCAUCAGAAGCUUGUCGGGUCACCAGGUUUGAUUUCCUUUAUUUUCACAGAAGGCAUAUUACCAGUUCAAACGUCUCAACUAAUGAAUUUAUAGAACUCCGUAACCUAGCCCAAACCGAAACAAUUGGUAGCCCUGAAAGAGUUGUGAGUUAAUGAACUGAAAGUUGAGGGUUUUGAAGACAAGCAAGUCUUUAGUCAAUGUUUAUGUGUUGUGUAUCAGCCAUGAUGGUCCAGUGAGUAAUCAGAUAAUGUUUUCAGUUUGGAUGCAAUUGAGAUGUUGCAGGAUGCAGAGGUAGAUGAAAUGGCAACCCAUUUUAAAAUACAAGCUUAAUUUCAUUGCUCUUGGACUUAAAUAUAUUCCUCCCCUGUAUUUGGCCUUCAGUCAUAUUUUUUUAGAGUAAUUCUUUUAUCUUAGUCUUAAAAUCAUGACAAAAAUAUGAUUAUUUUUCAAGUAUUUGACGGGAAGGUGAUUAGAAAUGUUUUGGUUUGCACCAAUACUGUUGUCAGGUAGGCAUGGUGAUCUCUGAAUGAAUGAUUCACACGCUAUGAUAACUACUUUAUUGUAACCAUGGUUGAUCAUUAUUUUUAACAAAUUAUUGAAUGUGAAGUGUUGACAGACAUCCCUUUUGAAUUAAUUCUUUUUCCUGCAUUUUGACAGCAAUUACCUGAACUAGAAUGAAUUAUUCAGGGUUAAUUGUCAUCUGAUAUACCAGUUUGUAAUUGUCGGGCACAGCAAAUGAGGGUUUGUCCUGAGGGCAUCAGUUGAAGCUACAUCAUACAUCAUUUCAUUUUGCCAGAAUGUAUUUUUCUAAAGGUGUUCAUAUCUUCAACUAGCUGCCAUAAUAGAACAUCAACUGGUCAUACUACAUUAUUUUAUUGGCGCUUGGAUUUUUAGAGCUUUGAGAUAUUUUCACUUCAUGCAGGUAUAUUUUUGUGUAUUUCACUUGUAUAGAUCCAGGUUUAAUUUUCUUUGUGAUGGUGUUUUGCUGAAUCUGAUAACUUACGCCAUGUUUCAUGAAAGCAAUGUGAAAGUAAUAGCCUUGAUCUCUUCCUCACACUGGGCCACAUUGAAGGCUGUUUCUUUCAACCAGUUCCUCAAUUUGCCCUGCUGGUAUUUGGUUUUAGCUCACUAGGCUGGAAGUCAAGAGAGCAAAUGUCGGAGCCCGUUGUCUCUCAUCCUUCUGUUAUAAACUUUUACAGUUUAAGACUUCUUCUCCGAAACCGUUGUCGUAUCAAGCUGAAACUUUGCCUGGCUGAUCCGGCCAUACUGAAAAUGUCAUUUAGCAAUUACUCCAAACUUUCUACUUGUAGUAUUGUGGUUUGUUGAACAACAUAUUUUUUAGGCAUGUUUAAAUUUUUUUCACGUUGCUUUUGCCUCACUUCCACCUAAACCAUAUUUAAUAUGAUAUUCCAGAAGCAAUUCAAGUAAGCUACAGAUCGGUGUGGCUCAAUGUUUCUGAUACCUAAAUGUGGGUGUGAAAUAAAGUGAAACAAUGUGUUAUUGCAGAGACUCAAUUUGUGGUCCAGUGAUAUCAUAUGCUAUAUAUUUUCUUAUGUGCAUUUAUUUGCCUGGCCCAAAGCUAGGAACGUCACUAAAUGUUUUAUAGUGAGCACCGGUGUGAUCUAUUGAACAGUCCCUCAGCAUGUGUUGCUGACUAAUGGCACAUAGUUUGACAUCCAUGUCAGGAAGGAUGCCCAUGUGGUUGUGAAGAGCUUGUAAUAACAUAAUAAGGUCAGACCCAUUAAUUGUUCAUUUCAUAGUGUUGUCAAUAUCAGGCAUGGAUGCCAAAUUUAUAAAAAAUAUAUGUUUGAGGUUUGAUUUCUGAAUCAAUUCUUGAAUUAACUUUAGAAAAAAACAUGAUUUCAGUCUAAAACAACAUGUUGAUAUAUUUUUAAAAAUCAUUUCACUGUUGCAAAAUUUUGGCUGCAUAAAAUGACAAGGACAUAAAUUGGGUCUUGCAUAAAAAUGAUUUGUGAAACUUAAAAAGUUCCAACAGGAGGUUCCUCAGCAAUCGUCUUAAGUUCAAACUAUAGAGCAGUACUUACAAGAUAAAGGGUUUUUGCAAAGUUUAGUAAUCCCCAAACAUGCUGUAACCCUAGGAAUAUAGGAGAAAAGAAAGACAGUGUUAAAGAAGAGGGCUUGUCUGAUAAGAUACUUAAGUCUUUGCAUGUGAUCACUGUAUUUGUCCAAGUGAAUGAACAUGUGCUUUGGAAGUACAUCACUGUUCAUUCAAUGUAUGUUUGAAGUUUGCACAUUGUCUUGUUACAGAGAAGCUAAAUUGUGAGUCAUUAUUGACAAGAAUUUCUGGACCAUUUCCUUGUGGUGUAUUGCUGGUUGAAGACUAAUGUCUAGGGCUUGUGUGUACAGGCAGGGGUUGUCCACCUCUCACAAUGGACAGUCCUUUGUGGCAGACCUUGGUCAGCAUUAGCCAUUCACUAUCAGUAGUGCUAUCACAGGCUCUUUCUCAACAACUGAUUAAACAAUAAGAGAAAA